AUGGGCCGGCUAUAUAGCAGGCUCGAGAGCGGAUUAAAUGUCCAGUUGUUUUACAGCCGACUGGAGUGCUUCAUCAAGUCUUGGAAGGAAGCUGACGGACCUGAUACAGAACAAUUGCAAUCAUGCGGAGGCAUCCUGCUGGGUGAAGCUCUUCCGAAGGGAGGGAAUAGACCUUUGCACGCUUUUCUUUUCGGAGACAGCCUGCUCGGAACAUUGAUUUUUAUCACCCCCAGAUCCAUCACACUGAUCUGUUCAACCAGACAAGCAGAAAUCCUAGCGUCUCUAAACGCUGAUCAACUGGUCUCAAGCGUCGACUUCAAAAUUGAUAUAAAAGUGAUGGUCAAAUCAGGGAGCUCAAAAUCGAAUAACUCAUGGAUGAAAUAUCUACUGGAUUCCGUGGAAGGGGUAAUUUCGAAAUCUCAAAAGAUUGGUCGCGUCGGUCCUAUGAAAAAAAAUAAUGAUCUGGGGGAAUGGAAGGCGUAUUUGAAAAGUGAGGGGAAGGAGACGUUACUCAAAAAAGCUGUCGACAUCACAGAUGAGGUCUCGGUGAUUCUAGCGACCCAGUACCCUGAAGAAAUCAAACGUACAGGAAUUGCUUGCCGAAUGAGUCAUCAAUUAAUGUCACUGAUGUUCGAUGAAAUCAUCGACCUGGUGAAUAGGGGCCAAGAAAUAACCAAUAAAGACGUUGGAAUACUCAUUCAGGAGAAGCACAGUGGUGGCAGUAUAUGGGAAGAAGCCAACUUUGAAGCCGAUUUUAACAGGAGAGACGUAUGUCUGCGUAUCUUUCCCGUAGUUCGAUCGAAUGGCGAAUAUCGCUUGGAUAAGUCAUUGAACUUGGACGCCAAGCUACUUGGCCAUACCGGGAUCUUCCUGGCUGGCUUAGGCAUCCAAUAUAAGUCGUAUUGCUCCUAUGUACUCCGUACUCUAAUGGUAGAUCCACACCCUACGCAACAAGCAAACUAUAGCUAUUUGCUCGAAUUGCGUAGAUUUGCUCUUGGCGAACUGAAAGAAGGUGUAUCUGGCCAUGAUUUUUACACUCUAGUCAAGGGGAAGGUCGAAGUCGAUCGACCUCAACUUCGUUUAGACGAAAGGCUUGGAUCCAACAUUGGGGUGGAACCUUUCAGUCGGGUCUUAAACUUGACUGGACACUGCCACAUAGUUUUGAAAAGCAAUAUGCUGUUCAAAUUGUCCCUAGGGUUUCUCCAGAUCAAAGAUCCCUUCGACAGCAAGAAAAACUACUCGCUUCAUAUUGCCGACACAGUCCUAAUUGGCAAGGAUGGUUCGACGAUUCUAUGUGAUGGAUUGAAAGAAGGAUCAGAAAUCACGUUUAAUUCGAACAACCCUUCAUCUCAAUCGGAUGCAACGGAAGAAGAGGAUUCGAGCGGUGGCGAAAAAGGACCGAGAGGGCCAGAAAGCAAUCUAUCCGGGCUGAAUCAAACGGAAGAAGAGGAAAAUUUGAUUGACGGCUCCAUAAAGGACGUCGAAGCAAGAUUGAAAAGGUCUGAAAGCUUUGGGGAAGAGCGGGAUGACGCCAAACGUCAAAAACCUCUUACUGCGCCUUCGUUUAACAACCCGAGUCGCAUGGGCUCCACUACCAAAAUCGACAUCGACAUAAGAUCGGCAGUAGUCAAUGAAGAGCUUAAAUCUACAGCUGGAAAUUGUGCCGACCUAGUGAAUGCCGAUAUUCAAACUUUGAAAAACGGAGGACGAGCGAUAAAAGCGGAAUCCCCAGACCUUGACGAGAGACUUGACCGUUUAAACAAAGUCGAACAUUCGGUGAUGAAAGGCUUGGGCGAUCUUGAAAAAAGGCUUCAAGAGUUCAAGACAGAAGUCAGGGCAAGUUUUGUGGAGAUGCGAAAAUGGGCAGUCACAGAUAAGCAAACUGACCAGCAGCAUGAAGCGAUGCAAGGCGAAGAAAAGAGGGUCAAGAAGAAGAACCGAGAGAUCUAA